AUGACAACGGCAUAUGUUCGAGGUCUACGCGACGUGAGUCUACAACUGUUACCCCCGGUGGUAGAGAGAGGCAAUUCUGUAGAACUGCUAUGUCGUUAUGACCUCCAAGGGGAUCCACUUUACACCAUCAAGUUCUACAGAGGCACAUACGAGUUCUACAGAUACACGCCGAACGAUCAUCCGCCCAUCAAGACUUUCCUGUUCAAAGGACUUGACGUUGACCUUUCAUCCAGCCAAGGCAGGCCAAGUAGUGUGGUUGUCCAGAAUGUUGGCUACAAUUUGGCGGGAAACGUCAGCUGUGAAGUGUCCACGGAUACUUCUUUUUCCACCAUGAUGUCUACAAAAUAUCUCACUGUCGUAGAGUUGCCUAAGAAGCCACCGGAUAUUCACAUAGACUCUUCACCAAGGUCUGGAGGGGUGUGGGAAGCUGGCGACAUUCUGAACGCCACUUGCACGUCAGCACCUGCCAGGCCGACGCCAUCACUAUUCUGGUUCAUCAACGACGAACCGUGCCUUUCUGUCAGUCUACGAUCCCCUCUUCCUACAAUUCGCUUUCAACUUUCCUUUGGUCUAAUCACGUCUAAUUCACCUCUCAACUUGAGGGGUCAAAAAUGA